CCCCCCCCCCGCUCCCCAGAGCCCCGCCAGACCCCGCUCCGCCCGCGCCCUGCUCGACUCCGGAGGCGCCCACAGCCCCGGCGUCGGCCCCGCUGCCCCCUCCCCGGGGGGCCAUGGGGGAGCCCCCGGGUUACCGACCCUCAGCUUGGGUUCAUCUCCUUCACCAGCUGCCCCGCGCUGACUUCCAGCUCCGCCCGGUGCCCAGCGACUUUGCGCCCCAAGAGCAAGAAUACCAGCAGGCCCUGCUGGUGGUGGUAGCCUUGGCAGGCCUGGGCUUGGGCCUGAGCCUCAUUUUCAUCGCUGUCUACCUCAUCCGCUUCUGCUGCUGCCGGCCCCCAGAGCCACCUGGGGCCAAAAGCCCCCUGCCCGGGGGAGGCUGUGUUACCUGGAGUUGUGUAGUGGCUCUUCUCAUUGGCUGCGCCGGCAUUGGCAUCGGUUUCUAUGGCAACAGCGAGACCAGUGAUGGGGUAUCUCAGCUCAGCUCUGCACUGCUGAAUGCCAACCACACGCUCAGCACCAUUGACCACCUGGUGUUUGAGAUGGUAGAGAGACUGGACGAGGCAGUGAGGACCGAACUGACCACGCUGGAGGAAGUGUUCACGCAGCGCACAGAGCUGGUAGCUGCAGCCCGGGGAACCCGGCGGCAGGCAGAGACUGUGGCCCAGCAACUCCAGGGGUUAGCCUUCUGGCAGGGAGUGCCCUGGAGUCCCCUGCAGGUGGCCGAAGACAUGUCCUUUGUGGAGGAGUACAGGUGGCUGGCCUACGUCCUCGUCUUGCUCCUGGAGCUCCUGGUCUGCCUCUUCACCCUUCUGGGCUUGGCGAAGCAGAGCAAGUGGCUGGUGAUCGUGAUGACUGUUAUGAGUCUGGUAGUUCUGGUCCUAAGCUGGGGUUCUAUGGGUCUGGAGGCGGCUGCCGCAGUGGGCCUCAGUGACUUCUGCUCUAAUCCUGACACCUACGUCCUGAACGUGACCCAAGAGGAGACAGGGCUCAGUUCAGAUAUCCUGAACUAUUACUUCCUCUGCAAUCAAGCCGUCUCCAAUCCCUUUCACCAGAGGCUGACUCUGUCGCAGCGCGCGCUGGCCAACAUUCACUCCCAGCUGCAGGGUCUGGAGAGAGAAGCGAUCCCUCAGUUCCCGUCUGCACAGAAGCCCCUGUUGUCUUUGGAGGAGACACUCAAUGUGACAGAGGAAAACUUCCACCAGUUGGUGGCCCUGCUACAUUGCCACGGCCUGCAUAAGGACUACGGCGUGGCCCUCCGAGGCCUGUGCGAGGACGUCCUGGAGGGGCAACUCUUCUUACUGCUCUUCUCCCUGCUAUCUGCGGGGGCGCUGGCCACCGCGCUUUGCAGCCUGCCCCGAGCCUGGGCGCUCUUCCCGCCCAGUGACGACUAUGAUGAUACAGAUGAUGACGACCCUUUCAACCCUCAGGAAUCCAAGCGCUUUAUGCAGUGGCAGCCGUCUAUCUGAGCCUCUCCUUCCCGCCAGGCUAGAGCCGGCCCCCCCUCUCCGUUCCUUUCCUGGUGGCCGGAGAAGACCCCACU